AUGUCAGAGUUGAUGCAAACUUGGCGGUCUGGAGACGAUGAUCAUGGAAUUAAACCCCCAGUUUCCAACGAAGAUUGGAUGCGCAACCUCAAUCACAAUAAGGAGCUGGGGAAUAUCACGGAAGGAUGGGGUUGGCGAUCUACCAUGGCAGGGCUCCAGCGAGUUCAAGACCCCGACACUCGCAAUGUCAUUGACGAGAGCGGACCUGACCCACCUAUUCGAUUUGUUAGUCUUCCGUAUGGUAUAUCGUUCUCACUGAACACAGACUGGUUUCACGCGACCAAAGAAGGAAGCUAUUUGGUUGGGGCAUGUUACCUUGUAAUCAAUAAUUUACCUCGGCACAUGCGAUUCCUACGCAAGAACAUUUCAUUGUCGAUCGUAAUGCCCGGGCCUAAUGAGCCUAAUGAAUAUGCUCUUGACCAAAUGUUAGACCCGUUAAUCGAUGAUAUAUUGAGGCUCAAGCAAGGAGUACGUAUGUUGGUCAGACGAGGAGAUCCACCUGUAUAUGAAGAAGAAGUUGUAUAUGGCGAGCUCACUCAACAUAUUGCUGAUCUUAUUGCACGCAUAAAGAUGGGUGGAGGCGGAAUGAAUUGGAUUGUUAAGCAAAUUUUAGUCGGCCCUGGAAUGAUUGUCAGGCGAGAGUUUGGCGGGCCGGAGCCGCAAGACAUCUUCAAUGACUGUCUGGAUCACAUGUGGAUGCCUAAGAAUUUCCAGCAAUUACCCCCCAAGCUUGGGCAAACUCGCACCUCAACUAAAGCCGAUCAAUGGAAAUUGACCGCUCGGGUCAUUUUUAUACCAUUGUAUCUUGCAUUCAGGGAUGGCGAUACAAUUCAGCCCAUAUUGGUGCCUCAAGGGAAUCGGAACUCACCGGGUGCCAAACACCAAGCAUACCGGGCCAAACUAUUACACCAGCAGCGCCAGAAGUACUACGCCUCAAUUGGUCAAGCCAAUCGGUGCCCUCGUUUAGAGGAAUGUUUUCCUUCGCGGAAUCUUCAAUUUCAUUACCGCCAGGUUCUGCGCUUCUGUUUGGCAACAUCCAUCUUAGACAAACGCAACAUUACCCCAGCGAACAUUUUGUUUGCGACUGGACUCCUUGAAACUAUGUGUAAGGACUACAUCACUCAUAAUAUACCGUUGUCUCCAAACUUUCACUACAUGAUGCACCUUGAAGAGUUUCUCCUCAAAACUGGAUCCGUUUACAACACCCAUGUAUGGGCUAUGGAACGUGCCAAUGGCGUAUUAUCCCGUAUAAAUCAUAAUGGGAAAGGAGGCGGAGUUCUUGAAGGAACGCUUAUGCGUGGUUGGUGGAGACAUAUGACGUUACAAAACCUGAUCAAGAGCUUACAAGCAUUGCCCAAUUGCACGCCAGAUGAUACAAGUGUAUUAAACGAUCUCCUUACGGCACUCAGAGGAGGAAACGAGCACGCUCAACAAAGGGGGACUCUAAUGGCCUUCAUCGCACAGUGCCAAACUGAGUACACUCAACAACAUGGAAUUGAAAAACCGAUUAGACUAUCGUCACAGUCGCGACUCAUUAACUUGGAGAAAGCCGGCCUUUACGAGACAGUUUUUGAGUUCUGCACCGCAAAAUGGCCCAAUGCAGGAAUUUUUGGGCCAAACGUCAUUGGUGUGCACUAUCUGGCCCCUCACGGCAUGGUUAGGAACCACAGCUAUGUUGAAUUCAAUGGGAUUCGCUAUGGGUCACACGAGCAUACAAGUGGCAAAGGUUAUUGUUACGCCUAUAUUGAUAAUCGGCAGGCAGUACGGAUUGAACGCAUCUUGGCUAUUGAAAUACCUGGAACCCGUUUUCGCGGUAUAUGUGUAUUAGUGCGCUUAUUUCAAGCACCAGAAGUUGAACCAGACUUCCCUUGGGCAGCAUGGUCAGAGAACCUUGGGGUGAAUAGCUGGGUCUUUGGAGCUUUGGGAGAGACUAUAACAAUAGAUGUUGCUCAACUCUCUGGGACAUUUGCUUUAUUUAUUGUCCCAACAAGUGGUCUCAGAUACUGGGUAUCAGUUGAACUAGAUAGCAUUGGAUUAGGGUACAGAUUAGACAAUGAGGAUGAGGAUGUGUGA